UUUGGAGAUGGUGGAGCCGAUGUGAACGGAUCGGGGUGCAGAGCGGCUGCGGCCCCCCCUGGCCCCGAGCCCCGGGGGGAGCCCGGCCCCCCCCCAGCCCAGCCAUGCCCGCGGGCAGCACGGAGCCCGAUGGCAUCCUCAGCUAUCAGGGACCCGAUGAAGAGGCGGUGGUUGACCAGGGAGGAACGAGCAACGUUGUCAAUAUCCACUAUGAGAAGGAGGAGCUGGAAGGACACCGGACCCUGUAUGUGGGUGUGCAGAUGCCCCUGGUGAGGCAGAGCCACCGGCACCACCGACCCCGCAGCCAGAAGCAUCGGAAACGUGAGAGGGUGAAGGAGGCAGCCCCCGAAGAGCAGGGCUGCCAAUACACGCCGUCCCAAAGGGUGCAGUUCAUCCUCAGCGCCGAGGAGGACGAGCAGCACGUCCCUCACGACCUGUUCACUGAACUGGAUGAGAUCUGUGUGAAGGAGGGCGAGGACGCAGAGUGGAAGGAGACAGCCAGGUGGCUGAAGUUUGAGGAGGACGUGGAAGAUGGAGGCGAGCGCUGGAGCAAACCCUACGUGGCCACGCUCUCCUUGCACAGCCUCUUUGAGCUGAGGAACUGCAUCAUCAAAGGCACAGUGCUGCUGGAUCUGUGUGCCAACAGCACCGAGGAGAUCGCAGAUAUGAUCCUGGACCAGCAGAGCCACUCCAGUGAGUUUGAUGAGAGCACGAGGAAGAAGGUCCGGGAGGUUCUUCUCAAGAAGCACCACCACCAGAAUGAGAAGAAGAGAAACAACCUCCUCCCCAUCGUCCUCUCCUUUGCUGACAAGCCAGCCCAAACGCUCAUCCCCCAUCCUUCUCCCACCACCACAGAAGCUAAAAAUGGGGUGAGCCAGGACACCAGCCCCAUGGAUUUAAGCAAGGCAGAGCUGCACUUCAUGAAGAAAAUCCCCACUGGGGCUGAAGCAGCCAACGUGCUGGUGGGAGAGCUGGAUUUCCUUCAGCAGCCCAUCAUGGCCUUCGCCCGCCUCACCCCGGCCGUCCUCCUCUCGGGCAUGACAGAAGUCCCCAUCCCAACCAGGUUUCUCUUUGUGUUGUUGGGACCAGAAGGAAAAGCCCAUCAGUACCACGAGAUCGGCAGGUCCAUGGCCACGCUCAUGACGGAUGAGGUUUUUCAUGACGUUGCCUACAAAGCCAAGGACCGGGAUGACCUGGUUGCUGGUAUCGAUGAGUUCCUGGACCAAGUCACGGUGCUGCCACCAGGAGAGUGGGACCCAUCGAUCCGCAUCGAGCCCCCCAAAAACGUCCCUUCGCAGAAAAAAAGGAAGACGCCUGGAGCUAUGGAUGACAGUUCUUCUCACACAAAGCCUGAAAAACACUGCGGCCCUGAGCUGGAGCGGACGGGAAGGCUUUUUGGAGGUUUGAUCCUGGAUGUCAAGCGGAAAGCACCGUGGUUCUGGAGCGACUUUCGGGACGGGCUGAGUCUGCAGUGCCUGGCAUCCUUCCUCUUCCUCUACUGCGCCUGCAUGUCCCCUGUCAUCACCUUCGGGGGGCUGCUGGGGGAGGCCACUAAUGGCCACAUAAGCGCCAUGGAGUCGCUGCUGGGUGCGUCCAUGACUGGCGUUGUGUAUUCCCUCUUUUCUGGCCAACCUCUCACCAUCCUUGGCAGCACCGGCCCCAUCCUUGUGUUUGAGAAGAUCCUCUACAAGUUCUGCAAGGACUAUGCGCUCUCCUACCUGUCCCUGAGGACGUGCAUCGGGCUGUGGACUGCCUUCCUCUGCAUCGUGCUGGUGGCCACGGACGCCAGCUGCCUGGUGUAGUACAUCACCCGCUUCACAGAGGAAGGCUUCUCCACCCUCAUCAGCUUCAUCUUCAUCUACGAGGCUCUGGAGAAGCUCAUCCACCUGGGAGAGACCUACCCAGUGCACAUGCACAGCCAGCUGGACUUCCUCACCCUCUACUACUGUAAGUGUGAGGCUCCCACUCAUCCCACCAACGAAACGCUGCACUUUUGGCAGAGCAACAAGGUCAACCCUGCAGCCAUCGCCUGGGAAAACCUCACCGUAUCUGAAUGUCGACAUUUGCAUGGAGAAUUUCAUGGACCCGCCUGCGGACACGAUGGCCCCUACACACCCAAUGUCCUCUUCUGGUCCUGCAUCCUCUUCUUCUCCACCUUUGUCCUCUCAAGCUCAUUGAAGAUGUUUAAAACCAGCCGCUACUUCCCAACCAGAGUCCGCUCUACAAUAAGUGACUUUGCUGUUUUUCUCACCAUCGUCACCAUGGUGAUCGUUGACUUCCUCAUUGGGAUACCAUCACCAAAGCUCCAAGUCCCCAAUAUGUUCAAGCCCACCAGGGAUGACCGUGGGUGGCUCAUGAACCCCAUAGGACCCAACCCCUGGUGGACGGUGUUGGCUGCAUUCAUCCCAGCUCUGCUCUGCACCAUCCUGAUUUUCAUGGACCAGCAGAUCACAGCUGUCAUUGUGAACAGGAAGGAGCACAAGCUGAAGAAGGGUUGUGGGUACCACCUGGACCUCUUCAUAGUGUCUGUGAUGCUCGGGGUGUGCUCGGUGAUGGGGCUGCCCUGGUUUGUGGCCGCGACCGUCCUCUCCAUCACCCACGUGAACAGCCUCAAACUGGAGUCGGGCUCCUCAGCUCCAGGGGAACAACCCAGAUUUUUGGGGAUACGAGAGCAGAGGGUCACGGGACUCAUGAUCUUUGUGCUCAUGGGCUGCUCCGUCUUCUUGACCGCUGUGUUAAAGUUCAUACCAAUGCCUGUGCUGUACGGAGUCUUUCUCUACAUGGGUGUAUCGUCUCUCAAAGGAAUCCAGUUCUUUGACCGCCUGAAGCUGUUUGGGAUGCCGGCCAAGCACCAGCCUGACUUCAUCUACCUGCGGCACGUGCCUCUGCGCAAAGUGCAUCUCUUCACUGCGAUUCAGCUCUCCUGCCUCGUGCUGCUCUGGAUCAUCAAGGCGUCCCCUGCGGCCAUCGUCUUCCCUAUGAUGGUCUUGGCUCUUGUUUUUGUCCGGAAAGUCCUGGAUUUCUGCUUCUCAAAGCGAGAGCUCAGCUGGCUGGAUGACCUCAUGCCAGAAAGCAGGAAGAAGAAGUUGGAUGAUGCCAAAAAUGAAGCCAAAGAACAUGAGGAGUCUCAGCAGAUGAUGGAAGCUGCUGCUGCAAACUCAGUCCAGCUGAACCUAGGGAAGACGAGCUACAUGGGUGUCCCCAAGCAGAACAGCAAGGACAGAGCUGACCCUUCUGAGAUCAACAUCUCAGAUGAAAUGUCAAAGACAACUGUUUGGAAGUCUCUCACCAUGAAUGCAGAAAAACUCUGAAUCUGAGGAGGAAAAAGGUAAAAGUCGUCCUCUUUAGGGAUCUUGGCUUUGAAGGAGAGGAGCAAGAACGUGACUCAGGGAUGAGCCAGAGCAGCUGUGUUGGGUGGAGGAAGCAAACACGCACCCUCCCUGGUUCUCUCCUCCAAGUAGCAGGAUUCCCAUUAAAGCCAUUCAAGUUAUCCUCGGUGUGCUUCAGGCAUUCAGUAUCUCUAGACCAGCAAUCUGAGGUGCACCUCGCUGUCAGUGGGAGCUCGGUGUUGCUCAGCCUCCGUGUGUACGUGUGUGUGUGCGCGUGUCGUCGCGGUCUGUGGUGGUAGAGGGGCAGCUACCGCUUGGUCAUUCAGUGCUAUCUAGUUUUGUUUUUUAUAUCUAAUCUCCCCCCCCCAAUUUCCCCUUUUCUGUCCAAAUAUAAACUCUGAAUGUACACAGUAAUUUUCUGUUAUAUUUGAUGCAUUCUCCACUUUCUUCUUCGUCACUGCCAGAGUUCUGGUUUGGUUUGGGGUCCUUGCUUGGAUUUGCUCUUCCCUUCUAUAUCUCUACUGGUGUGGGAGGGAUGCAGAGAGAAAGGAGAAGUGUUUGUUCCAGUUUUGCCAUCAUUUUCUUUGCUUUGUGUCCACAGAAGGGAUUGGAAAUGAGUGAUCUUUAAGUACCCUUCCAACUAAACAGUCCCAUGGUUCUAUCAUCUUUGAGGUCCCUUCCAACACAGUAUUCCUUUGAUUCCAUCGCCUUUAAGAUCCUUUCCAACCCAACCAUCUUAUGGUUCCGUGACCUUUGAGGUCCCUUCCAACCCAACCGUUCUGAGGAUCUAUGAUUUUUCAGGACUCAUCCAACCCAAAUUAUGGUGCUUUGAUUCUAAGGGGCAGAAAUGCCACCUUCUUGUCCCUGGCUGUAAGCUGAUAGAAGGAAACUCUUAAAACCCACUGCUUUGAAUGAACCAUAUGGUCACAGGAGCAGCCAGCCACAUCCAUUGCUUUCCUUGCUUUUACAUCCCCAGGAAGCUCUGCUCAUUUUAAUUUUCCUGCCCCUCCCCUCCCAAACAAAAAGCCUUUUCCAACCAUUAUGAUUUGGGGACGAUUUGAUAUUUCCAUGUAGGGGGUAGGGAGCAUCCCAAAAGCAUCCAAAGGAAUCAGCAUGGGAUUAAAAUCACUUCCUUGCAUCAUGCCACGUUGGUCCAGUUGGCAGCAAACUUCAUUCCCCCAGUGCAGGAUGGGUGCUGAGGGUCACCCUUAUCUCUGAUGCCUUAAACCAGCUCCUGGGGCCAAGCACAAAGGCAGCUCUGUUAUAUUAGAGGGCUUUGGAAGCACUGGGGGUGCAAGGAGGAGGAGGAGGAGGAGGAGGAGGAAGAGGAAGGCUCACUGCCAGCAAUGCACAAAGCAAAGCUCCCCUCUCCCAUAGGAUAAUAACAGGAUCCCAAACGAAUCCUAUGGAGAGCCCUAAGUGAAGAAGGGUGGGAGGAAAGUAAGAGGGUAAUAAGUUUGGUGCUGGCACUUCUGUUUUCUCCCACUGUGUUCUCCCUUCUUGCCAUUCUACAUGUAGAAAUAGAGACUGAAUUAUUUUUGCUCCUGCGAUACCGAAAUGAAUUUAUUUUUGUUGCAAGAGAUGAUCUAGUUUGGAAACUCUCAGUGUUGUAAAUAAAAUGGGGAGGGAAAGAAAGCAUCCGACCAAAGCUGUGUGGUCUCCCAGUUCUAAAUUUUGAUUUAUAUAUUUUUUAAAGAAUUUGGUUAAUUUUAGGGCUCGUUCUGUGGAACCCAAAUACCCAAAUACGACUCCAUGCUGCUGUCUCGUGGUUCCUGUCUUGAAUUGUUGCUGCUGUUGGCGUGUUCCACCAUCUCAGCCCCAUCUGCUGUGGGUUUUCUCUGUCGUUCAUUGACCACGAUGGGAAAAUAACCCAAUAAAAUCUGUUUGUGUCUCA